AUGGAGCCGUCGGCGCCUCCUGCUCCGGCGACCCACUCCGCGCCCGUCCGCGUGCUCUCCCGCACUCCGCCUCCGGCCUCCCCGACCCCCUCCUCCGCGGGCCCCGCACCGUCGCCCGCCUCCCGCGACGGGGUCGUCGCCGUCGGCUUCGUCGGCGGCGCAGGGAGCGCCCGCCUCGCGGACCGGAUCCUCGACGCCCACGUCUUCUCCCCCGGCGGCUCAGCUGGGACCCUCGCCGGGAGCGUCAGGUACCACCGCGACGCCGGCAGGAGGAUGGUGUUCCUGCACCUCACGCCCCCGCCUGCGCCGCUCCAGGCGGCGGUCUGCCACGUAAUUAUAUUUAUGCAAGAAGGCUUCAGAUUUAACACACAAACCUUAAAGAAGUUCCGACUGCUGCAAUCUUCAAAGCAUGCUUUGGCUCCAUUUGUCAAGUCAUUGGUAGCAGCUGCAAUGCCUGCCAAAACUGUUGCCUCUGACACCCCAACAAGAGCAACCCAUAGGGCUUCCUCCAUAUCCCCUCCAGCACGCCGUGGAGGUCACGCUGGUCGUCAGUCCUCGGCCAUCUCACUUAUGUCCGGAACCAGUUCAAAUCCUUCUGUAUUGCCAGGCCAAUGCAUUCCUGCAUUGCUCUUUGUCUUUGAGGAUGAUGCGGUUGAUGUUUCAAGUGCUGCAGCAAGUUCCGAUGAUAUGGGUGAUGCAUCUUCAUCAAAUCAGGGUUCUACCUCUGAUGGAUUAUCAAAACAAAGCUUAGCUUCAAAGAGUUCUGGUUCAGUGGUUAUGCUUGCCCGAGCAGCAAACAAAUCUGAGGGUAAUUCAGGCAAAAAACUGCAUUCGUCCCUGGAGGGACAGAUCCGUGUCUUGCUCAAGAAGUGCAGGGUACUUGCAGGCAUGGAGCCCGGGCAUAUUGGCCCGAGGGUGGUUGUUGCACUGUUGGAACGGUACAUUAAUAAGAAACGGGAGCCACUGGACAUCAUUGCAGGAUUAUUUGAAGAUUCUUUGUGCUCCAAAUCGCCAUUGGAUAUUCUUUCACUGGAAAACAACUACAACCCAGCAAACAAUGAUGACUUUCAGUUGAUCAAGGAUUUUAUAUUUCGGCAGUCUGAUGCGCUGAGAGGGAGAGGGGGAUAUUCAAGCAAUGCAAGUGCUGGGUCUGUUUCUGGUGUUGGCAUGGUGGCUGCUGCUGCUGCUGCAGCAGCAGCAUCAGCUGCAUCUGGGAAACCAGUUAAUGCACCUGAUCUCCCUACUUUUGAUAAAUGGUUUUCCAUAAGUACCUCUAUUCUAACUGCACUGUUGAGUGGAAGAAAUGUGCUGAGUGGUCAGUCUGAAAGCAAGACUCAUACAAGUCCUAUUGAGAAGAAUGACCAACUUCCUGCUGCAGGAUCUAAUGCUAUUGAGAUCGCAUUAUAUCGUGCUUGGAAACUACAGAAGGCAUUGCGGUCCUUUGGCUCGAUGGUUAAAGGACCAGCAGUCAGGGUAUUCUCAAAGAAGCUAGAAGAUGAGUGCCGGGCAAUAUGGGAAUCUGGAAGGCAGCAAUGUGACGCUGUUAGCCUAACUGGCAGACCAUGUAAGCACCGCAGGCAUGGAGAUUUCUCUUCAUCAGAUGCAAUGAAGCAACAUUCUAGUGGAUAUGUAUUCCUCCAUGCAUGUGCCUGUGGCCGGUCACGUCGCCUUAGAGAUGAUCCUUUUGACUUUGAGACAGCCAAUGUGUCUUUUAGUUGUUUCCAAAAUUGCGAUGAUCUACUACCUACCCUUGCGCUUCCAAGAGGCAGCGAUGCUGGUUCAUUUUCAGUAUCUUCUUGGCGCUUGGUGCGUCUAGGAGGAGCAAGAUAUUACAAGCCAACAAAGGGCUCCUCCAAAGUGGAUUUAGCUCCAAGGAGAGGGCAAGUGAGAAAUGGCAUUCGUUCUAAUACUGUUACUUCAUCCACAAGAUCUGGUAUGAACCCUCAGACUCCCCCAAUGGUCACUGGUGAAGUAAAAUCUGCUGUAACCCAAGUCACAGCACAAAUUAAAUCUGCAAAGCUCGAAAGUUCUGGAAAACAACCUGAAAUGGAACCAAUGAGCAACUCAGGUAUUAAUUUUGGUAAAGGUCUGCCAAAUUUUAUUAUGAAAAAACCCUUUGCUGAAGUUGUUGCUGGCACCACAUCAAAAGAUUCCGAGUUUCCUGCUCUUCAGCAGAUGAGGCCACCGAAACCUGGUGGUCGAAAAGACGAGCGCCAAAUGAAUAUAGGAGACCAGGCUAAUGGCCGAGGUCAUGCUGCUGUCAGCCAAGGGCCUGUAGCUGAAACUGAAUCUGCGAAAGCAAGCAGAAACAAGAGUAGUGAAAAUUCUGAUGGGAAACCCUUUUUACAGAUAGGGAGCAAUAUAGUACCAGUGAUGGUUGGAGAUGAGACUAGAGAAACUAGUCAGCCGGUGCAACAGUUUGUUGUGUAUGUUGGAUUUGAGCAUGAGUGUCCCUAUGGUCAUCGCUUCUUACUGUCAGAGAAACAUAUGAAGGAGAUUGAUCCUUCCUGUUUGCAGUAUCAAAGACCUCAUUUAAACAAAGAAGCAGAAGGCAAGCAUGCACAAAAGUUGCUCCAGAAUGCAUCUGGUUUAAUUGCAUCUGCAGUGGACAUAAACAGUACACGGAAAAACAGUAAGCCAUUGCAAUCAUCAGGGAGAAACAGCCAGCAGCAAUCACUGCAGCUGAGGGUUGAUGCAGAGACUUCACAACCUUCUCCUUGGCUUUCAGAUCCACAGAAUGGCAAAAGGGGGGAGCAUUAUUUUCCAAGCAUUACAAUUGAUGAUGGCGGAGAAGCAUUUUCACUGAUGAACAGAAACUUGCCAAUAUAUAUGCACUGUCCACAUUGCAAGAUCUCAGAAAGGAAGGAACAUCAAGAUGUAAAGUUUGCUGGUGCCGUGUCGCAACUUCAACGGAUUUUCAUUGUGACACCUGAUUUCCCUGUCCUGUUGGCAAGCUGCCCACUUGUACAGUUUGAGGGGUCAUGUUUGCCAUCAAAUGUCUCUGAUCAUGAUCGAGAAGGAUCAUUCAGUAUUGGGUGCCGAGUUAUCCUCCCACCUGAGAGCUUUCUUACAAUGAGGCUUCCUUUUGUCUAUGGCGUUGAGACAAAAGAGGGAAGUACAUUUCCUCUCAAAAACUUUGAGCAACAACCAGAACUCACAGCAUGGCUUGUUGGAGGCACAGCCUUGCAAAUCGUAUCGGUAGGGGACGUCACUGAGAAAGAAACCAUUAUGAAGUGA